AAAUGAAUACCAAGAGGAAAAAAAACUCACCAAUGGUAGAGUUUCUAAAUAAGUAUCACUGAUGUAUUAAAGUACAGUUUUACCUGCCAACCAAUACAUCAAGUUAACGCAUCUGGAGAAGGAAUUGGAAGUUGAUUCCUGUAAAAAAAAAGCAAAUAAAAUAACAUUUUGUAAUCAUUUAACACAAGGCUGAUAACAUCACAAUGAACCAAGAGGAAAUGGACAACAUUCAGAGGUCAACAGAAAGACUUCUAAACCUUUCUGGGGAGGGUGUGUCAGAGACACUGCGGUCCAGGAUAGAUGAACAGUCGAGUCUCAUCUCCAUACUGAAAAAGAAAUCCGAUGAGUUGCUUCAUCGGUGCCAAGCUUUGGAAAAUGUCAACACGACACUGGAGGAGAAAAUAACAAACUACCAGGAGGAACUGGAGGCCAAGAGCAGGAAAGAGAAGUUGUUGGAGAAGAGAUUCACAGAAUUAGCGACCAACACACAGUCCAUUAUUUCCUUCAUGAAUGAAUACAAAAACGAGAACGCCACGUUGAAGGCUGAAAAUAAACAGCUGCAGCUUGAAAACAACACCCUUUUCUCUCAGAAGUUGCAAGACAAAGAAGGAGUCGUUCAACAACUGAAGCAAGAAAUUAAACUGGUCACGGAGGAUUCUACAGUAAGAGAAAAAGUCUUCAAGGAGAAAUUAGCAGAGUACCAGUCAAAACUGGAUGAAACCACUCAGCAACAAGUCAUGGAAGUGUCCCUCCUUCAUCAGCUGCAUGAUGCCCAGCAACAGCAAAAUGAAGCUGUGGAGACAAGUAAAGGCUUAAAGUUGGAAUUAGAAAGAGCUGAGGAGAAGUUUGCUUUGAAGGAGAUGGAUCUGAGGAAAACCAUAGCAGGCCUGGCAGAAGAGAAGAGCAAAAUCUUAUCCCUGUCCAUGGAAAGAGCUCGAGUGAUACAGGUGAAACAGGAGGAACUCCAGCAUUUGAAGAAAAGAUGGAAAGAGGAGAGAAAAACCAUAAUUCAGGCAGAUGAAAGUGUCAGGUUGGCAGAAGCUUCAAACACAGCCGUUGCAGUGAAGAACCUGCAGCGUAGUCUCAGUGAAACCACCCUCAAGUAUGAGAGGCUUAAAAAGGACUUUGAAGCCUUCAAGGAACACAGCUGCAGACUCCUCACACAGGAGAGAGAACUAAAUAAGAAGCUACGACAAAUAACAGGCUAAA